AUGCCUUCUUCAGCUGGGGCUAGCUCUUCUAACUCCGGUUCGGCGCACAGAGCGAUGUCUUACACUCAUCUCGCCUGGUCAAUCGGACAUAUUGUAGUCCUACUCUCGACUAUCUGGAAUACCCUCGGUAUCCUCUUCCUUCAGUCACGACCUAAAGCAUAUUCUCUGGCCUACGGCGGCGCAAUACUCUCAUGGUCUAUUGUCGUCUACAAGUCUUUGGGUACCCCAUCCCUCUCAAAAGCGUAUCUCCAACGAGCAGCAAUGGACGAAAAUGUACAAUACUUAGUCGUGGCGCUUUAUUGGUUCUUCUCAAAACCAAUCUUUGUUACACUUUUACCCUUCGCCAUUUUCAGUACAUUUCACAGCCUCUCAUUUAUUCGCACUUCAUUCUUGCCCAAGGUACCGUCCAAGAAGGAUGCAUCUGGUGCCGAACAGCCGCAACAAAUUGGGGUCGUGCUCAGUCGAGGUAUUCAAAGCUGGGUCAAACAGAACUAUGAAUCAGCUAUGUACUGUGUAGCUAUCGUUGAGGUUCUAGUAAUCCAGGGGAGAGUGACGCUAGGAGCCCUUACAUUUCAAAAUAGCUUUCUGCACCCACUGUUCUUCGCACAUUUCCUCCGAUUGAGAUAUUACCUAUCACCCCAGACGAGAUCGGCCGUAUCCGUCGUCAAUCAGCACAUUGACCACUAUCUUGAUCAUCCAAGUUGCCCAGCCGUGGUUAAGAAAGGCGUAAACUUUGCCCGGAGUCUUAUCACGCAAUACGCCGACUCAAUUAUCUCAACCACUGCUGCGCAUCCACCUGGACGGACAGCGCCUCAAACACCCAAUUCGGUCAAUAAUAGGACUCCCAACUGA